UCUCCGCCGCCGGCGCGGGCAGACCACCGCCAGCGGUGGCAGCAGCGGCAGCAGCAGCAGCAGUAAGCCCAAACAAAACUGCUGCUGCUGCUGCCACUUCCAACAAGUCUCUCUGCAGUCCCAGCAAACUCCCGGCAGGAUCAGCAGAAGCUGGCCUCCGCUAGGGCGGUUGUCCCCGCAGGUGCCCCACUCUGCUGUGCCGGCGACGGCGGCCGGCGACGUUGUCGCCCACGGCCGGGCCCCAUCGGCACCGGGGAGACGGCAACGCGGACGCCUCAAAGAACCGCGCGCCAUCCGAAGCAACCAAAACCAGGAGCGGAAUCCUGCCGCGAAGUGGAUCAAGACCCGGGAGCAGGAGUGGAAGAGACAAGGUCGGGGCCGGGGCGGCGGGCGUCAAAACGGUGUGCGGACUCGGGGUGGAUUCUGGCGCUGGAUCGACGAACAAAACCGGGAACAAUCUCGAGGCCAAACCCGGAGUUGUGGCGGUGGACCAAGCCUGGGCACGGGGCAGAGACAAAGCCCGGAGGUGGAGCGGUGACGAAGCUUGGAAUUGGAAUGAUUACAAAGACGGCGAGCGGUGUGAUGAUGAAGCCUGCGGGUGGAUUGUUAAUAAAACUGGGAAUUGGAUCAAUAACAAAACCUGGAGACGGAGCGUUGACAAAACCAGGAAGUGGAUUGAUUACGAAAGCGGCAAGUGGAGUGCUGACACGGCCUGCAGGUGGGGUGCUGACAAAGUCCCGAGGUGGAGCCAUAGCAAAGCCUGGGGACGGAGCGCUCACAAAACCCGGAGGUGGAGCGCUGGUCAAAGCGGCAGGUGGAGCAGGAGCCAGAACCGCUGCCCCGGUGUCGCUGUCUCGCAAGCAGGAGAAGGAAGCUGCCAACGCACGAUUGGCCGAGGCGGUCACGCGGGCCGAGGGAGCAGCAGCCAAUAGGAGGACGGCAGUGAGUGUCCAAUCGGCAGCAGGGCGGACGUGGAGCGGCGGCGCUCCCCUCAGGACCGUGGUGGCCGCGCCCCGCCCGCCCGCGGGAUUGCCGACGGGAGGAGGCCCCAGAGCGCCGAGGAGGAACUGUAAAGCGGAAGCCGUCGCUGCGGCCAGGGCCCAGGGCGCGGUGCACGCGGGGAAGCUCCUCCAGGCGAACGGCGACGCGGGGGGGGACGCGGCGGACACGGGGGACGGGGCAACGAGGGCGGCGGAGGAGGAGGAGGAAGAGGAGACGGCUCGGGACGCAAGCGCGGAAGGGAAGGCCGAGCGCGACUGGAGCGGGCAAUCGAAGGCCGAGCGUGAUGAGAGUGGCACGAAGGCCGAGUGUGAUGAGAGCCACAUGAAGGCCGAGCGUGAUGAGAGCGAGGAAUCGAAGGCUGAGCGUGAUGAGAGCCACAUGAAGGCCGAGCGUAGUGAGAGCGAGGAAUCGAAGGCCGAGCGUGAUGAGAGCCACAUGAAGGCCGAGCAUGAUGAGAGCGAGGAAUCGAAGGCUGAGCGUGAUGAGAGCCACAUGAAGGCCGAGCGUGAUGAGAGCGAGGAAUCGAAGGCCGAGCUUGAUGAGAGCCACGUGAAGACCGAGCAUGAUGAGAGCGAGGAAUCGAAGGCCGAGUGCAAUGAGAGUCACAUGAAGACCGAACACGAUGAGAACGGCAUGAAGGCCGAGGGCGACACGAAGGCCGAGCGCGACGAGAGCGAGGAAUCGAAGACCGAGCGUGAUGAGAGUGGCACGAAGGCCGAGCAUGAUGAGAGCCACGUGAAGACCAAGCGUGAUGAGAGUGGCACGAAGGCUGAUCAUGACGAGAGCGGAGAAAGGAAGGCCGAGUGCAAUGAGAGUCACAUGAAGACCGAGCGUGACGAGGGCGACACGAAGGCCGAGGGCGACACGAAGGCCGAGCGCGAUGAGAGCAGUGAAAUGAAGGUCGAGAGCGACGUGCGCGAGCAAAUAAUCACGCUGUCUGAAGAGCUCGGGGCACCGCAGGCCGGGUUCGAGUUGAGGGAAGAAACUGAAUCCACGUACAAGACCGGCGAGAAGACUGCGUGCGGCUCGCGUGAAGAAGAGACGGACGACGUUGAUGCGAGUGGCGGGAGGACGGAGGCCGCCACGUGCGACCUCGGCGGCGGAGCGAAGACUCCGUGCGCAGGCCUCGGGCAAGCUGGGGCCACGCGCCGAGCGAGCGAGCAAACGACGGUCGGAUUUGACGCAGGCCAGGAAAUGAAGACCCCGGGUGCCGCCGACGACGAUGCGAGCGAUGGGGUCCCCCCGGCCACGGACGCCGCCGGCGCAGAAGCAAUUUGUGACGUGAGCGUCUUCCCCGGAGCGAUUCCUCAACUGAAUGGGGUCGUAGAAGCGCUCCCCGACGCAAGAGGGGCGGAGGACGGGUCGCCGCUGCCACGGCCGAGCACAAAGGACGCCGGCUCCGCCGUUUCAAAACCCCCGGCCGCGGUGGCGUCCGAGCUGACCGACUUGGGGAUGUCACCGGUGGCAGAGGACAACGCCGCCAAGGGAGACAACGUUUUGCGUGCGGAAGCUGGUGCCCGCGCCGGGCCCGGUGCGAGCCUCGGGGACGUCCGGGCGGCCGCCCCCCCGCGUGCCGAUGUGGUGCGGGUCCAGGUUCACUCGCACUCGCACGUCGGUGACGCGCGCGAGGGGACCGGGUCCCACACGGAAAUGAAACCCGCCGCGAGAGCCGGCGUUGACGAGAACGGAGCGCUCUCCAGACACGUCCACGGCACGAGAUUUUUCGCGGGCGCCGGGCCCGGCGUGCUCCUCGCUGAGCUCGGCCUGCGCGAGAUCAACCUGUCGGAGGCGGCCGACGAGGCCUCCUCGCCCAGCCUGCCAGACGGUGGGGGGGGGGCGCUCUCGGACGACGGGUCUCUCCAGGAGACGGUUAGCGUGGGGCUGAUGUCGGAGGCGCACCAGCCGGGAGACGAGCCGUGGGGCUGCGGGGGCACGCUGGGUGACCUGUCGACCCCCAGCUCCAUGGGCCUGUGGGAGAAGCUCGACUCGAAAACCAGCAGCCCCACCAGCACCCCCGAGGAGCUGAAGGACACGGGCAGCCUGGCCGGAGGCGCCCCCCCCGCGUCCGGCUCGACGCUGGGAACGAGUCCAGAAUUUGGUCUCAAACUCAAAAUGCUGUUGGAGUCCAGACGUGCGCCCAUGUACGAGCCCCGGGACAAAACCGAACGGACGCUGGCAGAGAGGCUCAAGCGAGACACCGGGAAUAAUAACAACGUCGUUGAAGGUGACGACGACGACGACGACGAUCAAGAAGAGGAAGAUGACGAAGAGGGCGAUGAUUUUGAUGGCGAUUACUACGUCAAUAAUGUCGAGAAGCAUCGCACGCGGCUCCUCUGCGGCAUCGAGAACCCCGCGUUCCGGGACUACGCGGCGGAGCCCGAGUCGAGGGCGGUGCGCGUGGCCGAGCCGCGUGCACGGGGAGGCGACCCGCAGCCCGACCGCAGCGGCGGCGGCGACCGAGCCCCGGAGCGGCCGCGAGAGCCGCCCGUGGCGGCCGAGCGGCGGCCCCCGGAGCGGAAGUCGCAGGCCGAGCCGGCGGCCACGGAGCUUGGGCACGGGUGGACGCCGGAUGACUUCGAGGACGACGACUGCGACGACGACGGCGGCGACAGCGGCAGCGGCGACGGCAGCGACGCGGACGGCGACGACUUUGAGGUGUCCGCGCUGACGGCGAGACGCACCGGGGCGGCGCCGUCGUCCGACACCCCUUCCCACUCGCACUUCCCGUCCGGCAAGCCGCUCUCCCCCAUCCUGGAGCUGGACGCCGACGACCCCGUCGCCGCCAUCCCUGCCGCCGCCUUCGAGGUCGCGCGGGACCCCGGCGGACGCGACCUCGCCGACCCUGGGCCGGCCCCGCCGCCCGCUCCGCCGCGCUCCCUGGCGGGGCUGCGCGAGGGCGCGGCCGCCCCGUCGUGGCCCGCUCCGGGUGAGGGGUGGGCGGCGGGGGGGGAGGGGGGCGCGUCUCCGCGCGGGGAGCAGGAGGAGCAGCAGCAGCAGCAGGAGGAGGCGCUGACGCGGAUGAGCGAGGUGCUGCCGCGGGGCCGCGUGCGCCCCGUGCAGGGCGACGCGCUCUCGCGCUGGAGCGAGGUGCUGCUCUCCCCGCUGCGCCGCGAGGCCGACGCGUGCGUCACCGCCGUGGCGGCCUUCUCGCCCGACGGCCACCGCGGGGGGCAGCCCACCCCGGGGGGCCCCGCGGGCGAGUGGACCAUCGUGGAGCUCGAAAGCCACCACUGACGGUGGGGGGAGCGGACGGGCACGGGGGGGAGGGGGGGGGCGGCCGUCACCGACGAGCGACGAGUCCGGCGGUGGCCCCGGCCGGGACGGCGGCUUCGCCCCCGCGGCGUCUCUGCGGGCGAUGGCCGAACGACCCAGGCAGUGUCCUCCUCCUCCUCAAAACUCGUUCUGAGACUUUGGUCGAGAUUUCCAGGGUGACUAUAAGCAAACGGGAGGGGCGCGCUCGUCUCCCCAAAGGCAAACUCGUGCCGGCGAAGCAAAUUCCACGGUCCCAUGGCCAGGGCCGGUCUCCCCGUAGGACGACCGCCAUUGAGGGAGGAGCCAGGAGGGAUGAUCGGCCGAGUCGACCCUAGUCACCACGGACGGAUUUUUACUUGCGGAGUUGCGAGCGUGACCGGGAUUGCGGGCACAAGCGGAGUAGCAACAGCGAGGUUAGCGGAGGGCCCUGAGGGAGCGGAUCGUCGCACUUUGGCCUCGACCGACGCGGCCCGGCCUGAACCCUCGCCCGCCGCGCCGCCGUGAGCGUGGCUGGGAAUUCGUGCACAACUACUGAAGCCGGAGCGGCAAAGAAGUCGCUCGGUUCGAUUUGACCUCGUCCGAUCCACCGUUGGGGAUUAUAUGAUGCGGUUAGACUGUAAAAUCAGGUGGGGUGGCCUCGGUGGGGUGGUUACCAGACACCCCUCGUACGCGUACACACACCUCGCCACCGCCUGGCUGCCGCUGCUUAACAACGGAAGUGUAUGUAGCUGGCUAAUGUUUUGGCCCUUGAUGACCCUUAAGCCACGCGAUGUGUACGUGCCGAGUGCUCCUGUCAGAAAGCAGCCUCCACGGCCAGCGGUGGCGGGCGGCGGUGUCAUCUGGCCUGUACUCGGUUGCUGGGUCGUAACCACUGCCAGGGCAGUUGCCCCCAUGGGUUUUGUUAUUCACGUCAGGGAUGCUGACGCCAAGGGCGGUAGCCGACAGCGCAGUGGUAAUACUUGGAGCGUGGAGCGUGAAGCCGCUGGGUUUGAUUGCCGGCUCGGGCACCUUUCUGCGUGUGGGGUUUGUAUGUUCACCCCCUGUGCUACUUGGGUUUCUCCUGGGUUUCCUACCACAGCUAAAGUAAAAGAAACACACGUGCAAUGUCAAUCUCGCGUAGCAAUUAUUGUGCCCCUGCUGGCAGGCUCGUGCACGGCGACAGCUGCCGCUCGGAGUGCCCCGAGGCCAAAGCACCAGAGGUCGCAAACGGGUUUUGAUUCCUUACCCGUACCUGGCCGCACCAGGGUCGCAAACGGGUACCCGUACCCCUACCCUACCCGAUACCCGGCUACCCGUACCCUGCCGGGUAUCGGGUAGGGUACGGGUACGGGUACCCGAUUGCGACCUCUGGGAUGAAGCCAUGUUGCAGGCGCGGGUGGGUUGAUUCUAGGAACUUGAAUUGUGAGAAGAGACACAAGACGUUGGGAAAUGAGUGACAAACGGUUACUCACCAGUGACUCACGGCCUACCGUACCCGGCCGCACCAGGGUCGCAAACGGCUACCCGUACCCGGCCGGGUACGGGUAGCCGGGUAUCGGGUAGGGUACGGGUAUCGGGUACCCGAUUGCGACCUCUGCAAAGCACCCAUCCAGGUGAAGAGUCGCUUUGUGCCGCACAGGGACAGCCGCCGCUAGGGACACCUGCGCUCCUGAGACGUGUCGUUGCGAGCUAGAGAGAGCGCAGUACAAAUACAAAUUCCUUAAUUGAUGAUAGGGGUUUCCACUUAUUUCUGCCAACAAAACAGGUGUUAAGGUGUUAGAACACCAUUAAUUUAUUCGAUAAGCUUGCUUCAACACUGAGCCCAGCUCGGCUGAGACCCUAGGCUCGAUCCCAGCCUCUCAACUGGGACUAAAUCGGGUCCUCCAGUAGAGUCAGAUCGAUGGUCUCAGCCCAGCCGUUGAUGAUAACACAGGAAAAAUAACAUAUAACACCGACGUCGUAAAUAAUUAAUUUGACGAUCGAUUCGUCCUUUUGCAGCUGUGAAAGGAACACGAGGCAAACGAUGCACUCGUCUGAAGAGCGUGCAGUCUCGUUGAGGUUGAGUUUGCAGGAAAAUAGACCCUCGAAGGAUGCCAGCCGGUGCCUGCAACAUCACAAAAUCGAGACAGUCACUCGGGAGUGGCUUCAGCCACAGGCUUUUGCGACGAUGCCGAUUCGUCGAUGGAAACUGAUCCCUGAGCGAUGCGCGAAUGGUGCGCGUGCAAUGACCGCGAGCGGGCCGCGAAUUGAACACCCUAGCAUUGCAGCGAGGCUCGCGGAACAUUCCGCGUCGAGUGGCCGGGGGCCGCAACGAGCGCCCCGCUGUGUGGUGCGGGUGCGCCGAUGGCAACGGCAGGGCAAUGCAAAACCAUCGCGGGUAACCGGGAGGCUCCAAGCAAUUCUGCAGCGCGUCACAAAUACCACAGCUACCUCGUGUGGGCACGGCGAUCGAUUCACAUGUCAAGGGUUUCCCGUUGACAUGGCCAAGUGAGCAUACGCCGGGAUUGAUCUCACCUUGCUGGUGUGCUGCCCUUAGCGGGACUCACACAGGGGCAGGGCUCGG